GCCGCUCGCCGGGGCCACCGGCACCCUGGUCCUUGCCUGUCCCUCCUGCUCGUGUCUCCGGCGCCAGAAUUCCCGCGCUCAGGCCGGGCCCCCGUCUUCCAUCUCCCCGCCCUUUACCCCCUGCCGGGUAUCGGUCCGCCGCCCUCGGCCGGGCUGCGCCGAGGGUGCUGGCCUCCCUCCGCCGCGGCCCAUGGCGCUGCAGGCGCUGCCGAGCUCGUGGGUGGCCUUCCGCAAGAUCCUGUCUCACUUCCCCGGGGAGCUGAGCCUGGCGUUCGCCUAUGGCUCUGGGGUGUUCCGCCAGGCGGGGCCCAGCUCCGACCAGAAGACAGCCAUGCUGGACUUUGUGUUCACAGUAGAUGACCCUUUUGCAUGGCAUUCAAAGAACCUAAAGAAAAAUUGGAGCCAUUACUCUUUCCUAAAAGUUUUGGGGCCCAAGGUUAUCACCACUAUCCAGAAUAACUAUGGCGCUGGAGUUUACUACAAUCCGUUGAUCAUGUGUGAUGAUCGGCUUAUCAAAUAUGGGGUUAUAAGCACUAAUAAUUUGAUCGAAGAUCUCCUCUACUGGAAUAACUUAUACAUUGCUGGACGACUCCAAAAACCAGUGAAAAUCAUAACAAUGAAUGAGAAUGCCACUCUUAGGGCAGCCCUAGAUAAAAAUCUGAGGAGUGCUGUGACUGCUGCUUUCCUCAUGCUUCCCGAAAGCUUUUCUGAAGAAGACCUCUUUAUAAUGAUUGCUGGACUCUCCUAUUCAGGCGACCUUCGGAUGGUGGUUGGAGAGAAUAAGACAAAAGUGAUGGAUAUUGUAAAGCCCAACAUAGCCUACUUUCGUGAGCUGUAUGGCCACAUACUACAGGAUAAUCCCCAAGUGGUGUAUAAAACCCAGCAAAGCAGACUGGAGAUAGAUAAAAGCCCAGAAGGACAGUUCACUCAGCUGUUGGCAUUGCCCAAAACCUUACAGCAAGGAAUACAUAAUAUUAUGGAUCCUCCUGGAAAAAACAGAGACGUGGAAGAAACUCUUUUCAAACUUGCUUAUGACCCUGACUGUGGAGAAGUCGUGCAUCUAGGGCUUUCAGCGAUUGUGAGACCUUCGAGCCUGAGACAGAGCACCAAAGGCAUUUUCACUGCCGGUGCUGAGGGUCAAACAAUAAUACCGAUAUGGCCAUGCCGAGCAGCACACCCUGCAGGCUCUCAUGCGGUAGCAAAAUGACUGCCACGAGCUCAAGUCUCACACUCUCCAUCAUCUAUCACACCGUUUAGAUGACCCAUGUGAUAGCUCCCACAGGAGAGAAAGCUUGCAAAAAUGUCAUUUUCUGUUUCUUUCUUUCUCUUAUCACUUUGUUGCUGCAUGUAAAAGUACAAAACACAUAAAUAACAUUAUCAUGAGACAUUCUAAUUUCUUUGAGGCUGAAGAGUGGGAUUCUA